UUUUUUUUUUCUUGCAAUCCUUCCAAUCUCACUCAUCCAAGCAUGCUACAAUUCAUUUAAAUUUGUCUUUUUCGAUAUUUUAAGUUUAUGUAUCAAUUUUAAAAUAAUUUCUGGUGUUUCGUUUGGUUGUUGAAGUCAAUUGGUUUUUGAUGUUGUUUAUCGUUUUCCAUGUAAAAUCAGUACGGGUUUAAUUUCUUUGACUGAGUUUGCUGAAUUUGUGAUUCCUGUGCUGUUUUCCUAAGCAAAUCAUAGCAUUCAGUGUUGUGCGUGGAAUUGUUGCCAGUGAUUUCAGAGGAAAAAAAAAAACAGAUCGAAAAAAAUUGGUGCUAUGUAAUUGUUGCCAAAGAUGUUGGAUUGUGGUUACAAGUCACAAUACAUGAGUGGUCAACGAGAGAAGUUUGUGAGGUUGGGCGAUUUGGACUCUAGAGGAUCAAUGUCUCCUGAUACUGGAGUAAGCAAAUGUGGAUUCAAUAUCGUAGGGUCAAGUCGUGUUGGUCCUGCAAGCAAUACGCCAUCUAGAUCUUUUAAGAGAGGAAUGAGAAAGGGCUCUGAAGGACUUAAGUUGAUUGGCCGGUCACUUAAAUUUGGGGUUUCUCGGGCUGUGUUCCCAGAGGAUCUUAAAGUGUCAGAGAAGAAGAUAUUUGACCCUCAAGACAAAUUUCUCCAGUUGUGGAAUAAAAUUUGUGUCAUAUCAUGUAUUCUGGCAGUAUCUGUGGAUCCUCUAUUUUUUUAUCUUCCAGUUAUUAAUGACAAAUUAAAUUGUCUCGGUAUAGAUCGAAAGCUAGCAAUCAUAGCAACUACAUUGCGGACAAUUAUUGAUGCUUUCUAUCUUAUUCACAUGGCUCUCCAGUUCCGAACAGCUUAUAUUGCCCCAUCAUCUCGAGUUUUCGGUCGAGGUGAACUUGUCAUCGAUCCUGCACAAAUAGCUAAGAAAUACCUGAGAGGAUAUUUUAUUAUUGAUUUUCUUGCUGUGCUACCUCUGCCUCAGAUUGUGGUCUGGAGAUUUCUUCAGGAUUCGGAAGGGUCAGAUGUUUUGGCUACAAAGCAGGCGUUGUUUUUCAUUGUCUUGCUUCAAUAUAUACCCAGAUUCUUUCGAAUCUUGCCCCUGUCAUCAGAACUUAAAAGGACUGCAGGUGUUUUUGCUGAAACUGCAUGGGCUGGUGCCGUAUACUAUUUGCUAUUGUACAUGCUUGCUAGUCAUAUUGUUGGGGCUUUUUGGUACUUAUUAGCAGUGGAGCGUAAUGAUGCCUGCUGGCAGAAAGCUUGUCACGAUAGUGGAGAGUGCAAUAAAAAUUUUUUGUAUUGUGGCAACCAGAACAUGGUGAAUUAUGAUGCCUGGGGCAGCAUCAGUAGGACCGUUCUCCAGUCAAACUGCUCUGCUCAUGGUAAAAAUCCUCCAUUUGAUUAUGGAAUCUUUAAUCAGGCUGUGUCAUCUGGCAUUGUUUCAUCAAAGAAGUUCAUUUCCAAAUACUGUUACUGUUUGUGGUGGGGGCUACAGAAUUUAAGUACUCUUGGCCAGGGGCUUCAAACCAGCACCUAUCCUGCAGAAGUUAUAUUUUCUAUAGCACUAGCCAUAUUUGGGCUCAUUCUUUUUGCACUUCUAAUUGGUAACAUGCAGACUUAUCUUCAGUCGCUUACCAUUCGGCUUGAGGAGAUGAGGGUCAAAAGGCGUGACUCAGAGCAGUGGAUGCAUCAUCGCUUGCUUCCACAAGAUCUCAGGGAACGGGUUAGACGCUAUGAUCAGUACAAGUGGCUGGAAACACGGGGUGUAGAUGAAGAGAACUUGGUUCAAAGUCUACCAAAGGAUCUAAGGAGGGAUAUCAAGCGACACCUUUGUCUGGCUUUAGUGAGGAGGGUUCCUCUGUUUGAAAAUAUGGAUGAGAGGUUGCUCGAUGCCAUUUGUGAGCGACUGAAACCCAGUUUAUACACAGAGAGUACUUACAUAGUGCGUGAAGGAGAUCCUGUUGAUGAGAUGCUUUUUAUCAUACGUGGUCGCCUGGAGAGUGUAACCACUGAUGGCGGGCGGAGUGGUUUUUUCAAUCGCAGUUUGUUGAAAGAAGGGGAUUUCUGUGGAGAAGAGCUCCUGACAUGGGCACUGGACCCCAGAUCUGGUUCCAACCUUCCUUCUUCUACCCGGACGGUAAAAGCUCUGACGGAGGUGGAGGCUUUUGCCCUAAUAGCUGAGGAAUUGAAAUUUGUGGCCAGUCAGUUCAGGCGCCUUCACAGUAGACAGGUACAACACACCUUCCGGUUUUAUUCGCAGCAGUGGAGGACUUGGGCUGCAUGCUUUAUUCAAGCAGCAUGGCGCCGGUACUCCAAGAGGAAGAUGAUGGAGCUUCGCCGGAAAGAGGAAGAAGAGGAGGAAGAGGCUGUAGUAGCUGAAGGGUUGGGUAGUGCCAGCGGCAGUGCUGGAGGCUCAUACAGUCUUGGUGCCACAUUCUUAGCCUCCCGGUUUGCAGCAAAUGCUCUUCGUGGGGUUCAUCGGAAUCGGAACACUAAGAGCUCAAGGGAUUUGGUAAAAUUACAGAAGCCUCCAGAGCCUGAUUUCACGGCUGAUGACACAGAUUGACUUGCAGUGUCUGAGACCGCUGAUUACUCUAAAAUGGGAAUUAUUUGGACUCUUCCAUGAUUUUACUAGCUCAAGGCUCAGAAAAAACAAAUGUACCAUAUACCCCCACUGUCCGGAUUGACACUGCAGUUGUAAAUCAAUCUUGCUUGAACAAUAGGUAAAACUAUUAAUUCUUGGGUUGCUGCUUGCUGCUUUGUCUCUGAUCAUAUUUCAUUUGGCAUGCAUCCAAGUGAAGAUCGAGUAUUUCAUAUCUAUUUCAAAUUUGCCUCGCAUUUGUAUUAUUAUUUAUUUUAAAGAUUUUCCGAUAAUUUGUAUUAAAAUAAUAUUUGGAUACUAAAUCCUACCAAACAUUACUCUUA